GAUACCUUGUGUGCCAAAAGUGAGUGGAACUCAAAACCCUCGUUAAGCCCCUCAGCUCCACUCUCGCGCACACACAAUCACAUUGGAGUACAAAAAUGUUGAUCCGGCGCAUUGUGCUGACCAAAUCUCUCCACCAUUUCCGUUUGUUGAGCAACUAUGCCACCGCCGCCGCCGCUGUUGUUCCAGAUGUAGAUGAUGAUUUCCCAAAGCCCGACCCCAAAUACGCAGAAACUAUUCAUGCCGUUGUUCGUGUCACUUCCGGCAAGAACAUCGCCGCCAAAGAGAGGAAAGCUGGGAGGGUACCCAGUAUAGUGUUUGAACAAGAGGAUGGACAACAUGGUGGUAACAAAAGACUCAUAUCGGUUCAGGCUAAUCAGAUAAGGAAGCUUGUUAACCAUCUUGGUCGGUCUCAGUUCUUGUCCAGGUUGUUUGAUCUUGAGGUUCAUCCUGACUUGGAAUCUCAAGACGUUAUUGAGAAGGUUCGAGUUCUGCCCAGAAAGGUUCAUCUAGAAGCUGGUUCAGAUGCGCCUCUUAAUGUUACCUUUAUAAGAGCCCCAUCAAGUGCUUUAUUAAAGGUUGAGGUUCCUCUUGUAUUUAGAGGAGAGGAUGUGUCCCCCGGUUUGAAGAAAGGGUCAUAUUUGAAUAUCAUCAAGAGAACGGUAAAGUUCAUGUGCCCAGCAGAUCUCAUCCCUCCCUACAUUGAUGUCGACUUAAGUGAGUUGGAUGUUAACCAAAAGUUGCUAAUGGGCGACCUGAGGGUUCAUCCAGCUUUGAAGCUUAUCCAAUCAAAGGAUCAUCCUGUUGUCAAGAUUGCUGGAGCAAGAGUUUCUGAUCAAAAGAAAUCGAAAUAAUUUUUGUUGAAGCACUUGUCUGGAAAUCUUAGCAAGCUUAUUAUGGAACAGAGGAUUAAUUCCACAGCUUGGGACAUUGGCAUUGCCAGCUGAUGUAAUUUACUGGACGAUCGAUCUUGUUCAUUUGUGCUAGUUAAAAUAGGGUGACUAGGUGAUAGCUAUCUCAAUUUUGGAAUCAGUAGCUGAAUUGUACAACAGAUUGCUAAUAUCCCCAAUAAUUUUUCUAUACUGGGCUGUGAAAUUUCAAAUCAUGACGACGUUCUCUGCCUAUUUGCAGAAUAUCAACUUUA